UGUGCGUGUUCAAGAUGGAAAGCACGGCCCCCAAGGCCCCUGGUGGCAAGAGCGAGGAGGCAGAGUCCAACUCGGUGGAGUCCCUGGGCUUCUGUAAUGUGAUGCCAUUGGCUGCUGUGGGGUACCUGGAUGGCACGCUGGCUAUCUAUGAUCUCUCCACACAGAGCCUGAGGCAUAAGUGCCAACACGAGUCGGGGAUCGUGCAGUUGCUGUGGGAGGAGAGCUCGGCUGUGGUGUACACGUGCAGCCUGGACGGGGCUGUGCGUCUCUGGGACGCGCGCUCAGGGAAGAUGAUCAGCGAGUACCGAGGGCACUCGGCCGAAAUCCUCGACUUCGCUGUCAACAAGGAUGCCUCCAUCGUGGUGACGACCUCUGGUGACCACCAAGCCAAAGUGUUCUGCGUGCAGCGUCCCGAUCGCUAGGAGCUGUGCUGAGGGAUGUGUCCUGGAUCUGCCAGGUGCUCGUGUACAGGGAGAAGAAGGAGAUAGGUUACACCACCCUUCUCCAGCACGUGCUUUGUAAUUUUCCAGUCUGCCUCACCUUGCCCUCACCAUCCGGGGGCCAAGCCUGGGGUUUUGUAUGAAAGUGUCUUUUAAUUAUAUAAAUUAUUUCACUUAACU